AUGAACGCGUCCACGAUCGACUCCCUCGUGCGCACGAUCCGGUUCCCCGACCAGCUUGCCCGUGUCUUCACCGACUUUGUCGGCGUCGUCGACGAGCCGCAGCAGAUCGAGCUGCUCGAUGCGUUGACCUUCAUGGUCAAGCACGAGGCAGCGAACGCGCAAGCGUGCAUCCAAGUCGCUUUCCACCGCCAAAUCGUCGCUUCUCUCGAAGCGCAUGCGCUCCUCCUCGGCUUCUCGCGGCCCAUCUUGAAGAAGAUCCUGGCGCUCUUGAUGCAGAUUGCGCAGUACUCGGUGACGGCCGACGAUAUCCGCGCGAUGCUGCAGGUGUUCCAGUCGCCGCGUUGGAAGGACGUGGCCCCCGACGACAACGCGGUCGCGACCUUUAUCGCGUCCAUGGAAAUGAUGGCCCGGAGCGCGCCAGGGCCGUCGUGGUACCUCGACCUCUCGGGCGACCAGUCGGGCUUUGUCGUGCCCUCGAUGGAGACGGUCACGUUCCCGCCGUCCGGCUACACGCUCUCGACGUGGAUCCGCGUCGAGUCUUCGCCAGGGAUGAACUCGCCCCUGUUUUCGUUUUGCACCGAAGGCAACGUCGGGGUCGAAGUGAGCUUUAUGGACACGACGCUCGUCGUCAAGAGCUUGGAUGUCAAGAAGAACGAGUACAACGAAGCUCAAGUGCCCAACGCUCUCGUCAAGCACCAAUGGCAAUGGAUCUGCAUCGUGCACACGUACCGUCAGUUCCGCGGGUCCAAGCUCGACGUGUAUGUCAACGGUGACGCGCGCCAGUCGUUCCGGUUUGGCUACCCGGCGAUUGCGACGACGCCAGGCACCAAGAUGAAGUGCUACGUGGGGCGCACCAAGAACAACUACAGCCGGUGCCUCAUCGCGCACGUCGGGUCCAUCGCGUUCUUCUCGCAGCCGCUUGCUGCCUCGGUCCUCGAAGGCAUCAAAUCGGCCGACGACUACGAUAAUGUCGUUUUGCAGUUUAACGCUGCCGUGAUGUCGUCGUCGCUCACGGCGUCGGCGCCGCUUUCUGGCGCGGCCGCAGCUCCGUCGGCGCCAACAUCGGCCGGGGCACCCCACGAAGGCCUCGUCUUUGCCUUUGAUGCGCGGAGCUACGACGAGAAGCACAAGCUGCUUUUGGACGCGAGCGGCAACAUGCACCAUGGCGAGAACAUCGGGUCUGCUCCGUCCGUGCGCCUGCGGACAAUCUCGACGUUCAAGGACUCGGUGUGGCAGAUGGGCGGCCCGAUGAUCUUUUUGCCGCUCUUUGUGUCGCCGCUGGCCGAAGCCGGACCGCUGGACCUCAAUGCGUGCCAAACCAUCACGCGCCCGCUUGGGCCGCUCUCGAUCCCCAAGAUGAUCUCACUUCUCGCCGAGACCCUUCGCCAUUCGACGAUCAACAAGUUUGUGUGUCGCCGUAGCCAAACGAUUCCUCUGCUUGCGCUAUUGUUGCGAUCGCUUCCGACGACGUACUUGACGCCCGAUUUACUGAGCACGGUCGAGCGGCUCUUGAGCGCGGUGGCGUCGGACCGGUACCUCAGUGAUGACAUCCAGAAGAACCUGCUGUACAACUUUCAGCUGUGGGUCCCGGCAGCCGUUGAGAUCCAGAACACGAUCUUUGAGAAGCUGCACAUCGCCGUCAUUUCGAUCCGGUACAUGCUGCGCAUGCUCUCAUCGGUCUACUGCAAGUCGAACCUCACGACCAAAUCGCCGGCGGACGCUGCCCAUCUUCGGAACCGCGUUCUUGAGACCAUUCGCAUGCUCUUGUACGACCCUGAGGCGUGGAAGCAAGGCCAGAAAAAGUCGCUCGUCAGUGGCCUCGGCCUUAUCGGCGCGGCGCCACCCUCGUCCAUGAUGCUCUCGUUCGAUGCGGCGCGCACACUUAUCUUCAGCAUGCUCGGAAAGCCGACCAACCCUGACGGCAUCGUCGACGAUGCGAUCAAGGUCGCUGUGAGCGAAGUCGAGAUUGACGCAGGCUCGAUCGCGGAGCACGUGUCGGACUCGGACAUUCCCGACUUGCUGCAAAUCGUCAUCGAUCUGUCGAUCACCGCCGAGACGCAAACCGAGUUUUUGAGCGUCUUUGAGCGGCUUGGGGGUCUUCGCAUCUGGCUGCCGCUCAUUGCGACGGACAACGCACCGGUGCGCCGCAUGACCCUCCGGCUGUUGCGCACGUACAUCAAUUUCAAGUGCAACCUGAACGCGACGCCGACGCUCAAGCCGUCGCUGUCGGCGAUCGAUGUGCGCAUGAUCCUCGAGGCGCUCAACGUGCAAGAGUACCCAUUGCACCUCGGUAGUUUCAACGAGCUCUACUCGCUACUCCUGGGCAUCGACUAUGGCGAUCCCGCGGUGCACCUCUUCCAGAGCGACAGCGACGACGUACACGACCACGCAGCGCUGCUCUCGGAUGCGACAACGACCUCGAACGUCGUGCGGCACCCGAGCAUGCUACUCCCGUUUCUCGAGCUUCUCAAGCAAAGCCCACUGCACAUUCGUUGGGCCGGCUUUGUGUACUGGAAGCUUCUCUUUGGCGACGACUCGAUCGAGUGCACGAUCAACCGCCGAACGCUUCUGCAGUGCUACGCCACGCACGCGUACCCACCUGUCGCGAUCGAAGCCAUGUUUGAGAGCUUUCUCUCGGUGCCACUGCCCGCGAGCGCGACGCUGUUUGCCGACGCGUGUCCGGACGCCGACCAUGCACCGGCGGACACGACGACACUUCAUUUGCGCGAGGUCGUGGCCAAUGCAAGUCUGACGGACACGGAGCGUCUGCGGGCGGCGACUGCCCUUGCGCGGUUCCAGGACCACAAAUACCUUGUCGAUGUGGUCGCGCAGGAUGGCGCGCGCCGCGACCAGUACCGACGCCUCGUGGGCACCAAGGAGACGGGACCUCUCCUCAGCGACCAUCUUCGUACGCACCUCAUGUACCUUCUCGUGUCGGUCGCGCCGGGCGUCGUGCACUCCUUCGUGGGUGGUGCGUGCUUGGAGCUCGCGGCGCAGCUCGUCGUGCUCGAGUUCAAGACCAACGAGAGCGCGGGCGAGCUCGUGCUCCACCCGCUUGCACUGUACCCGCCGUCGUCGCGCGCGGUUGUGUCAUGGCUCAAGGCUAUCCUGGAUCGCGUGACGCAUCUCGUCGACAUCCAAGUGCCGCCCCGCGCGUCCGUGUGCUGGCGCAACAUUGAGCACGUCUGCAGCGUCGCGGCGAGCGUCGUCUUCCACUUUGAUCCGGACGUGCCGUCGACGAAGCGCCGGGAUUCGACCAUGGACGACACUGCGUUCUGGAAGUGUCGGGAAGAACUCGACGGCGAGCGUGACCUUUGCGAGUCGCUGCUCAACAUUUGGCAGCGUUGCGCGUCGCAGCUCACGUUCGACUUGGACGCAACCUUUGGCCGCACGGCGCAGCCCCGCGCGAGCCUCACGACGACGCCGUCGCAGCGCCCUAGCUUGACCAUGUCGAACAGCAUGCCCAAGCGCGGGAGCUUUGCCCCGUUGGUGCCGUCGGCGCUCAAGCCGUUUCCGGGCGGCGCCAUGCGCCAGAUUCUCGGGCUCGUGCUGCGCUCCAUGUACCAGGUCUUGUACGACGACGAGGCCAAGGACGAUUGCGACGAUGAAAGCUCUUCGUCCGACGACGACGAUGCGAGUCGCGCGCCGGCGCGCCGCCGAAGCCGCCUCAACUCGAUGCCGCUGCCGAUGGACGCGGUGUUUGUCGCAAAGCUCAACAAGCUCGACUACUUUGUGCAGGUGCUCAAGCUGCCCCAGUUUGUCGCGACGAAGGAAGACACGUCGCUCGUGCACUGGUUCGUCCUCGAGCUCGCGCGUCUCAUGCACCACACACAGUCGCUCUGCGCGUCAGAACCACGCUGGAUGGAGUCGGCGCGCCCUCAUUACGCGCUGCCUGCAAGUGACGCUCGCGUCACGGACGAGCUGCGCCACAUGCUGCAGCGCGAGGACUUUGUCUUGACGGAAACCGAGGUCUACCGCCGUGACAUGUUUUACCACGAGCACCUCGAGACGUUGCGCGACUCGCGGCUCAAGAAGCGCGCGGCGUUUCAAAGCGCUGUCGAGAACGAGACGGACCAAGCGCGUAGUGCGAUCCAAAUCGUCUUUUCGGCGGGUGUCCAGGCGCGGCCCUCGUCCGACCCCGUGUGGCGUAAGCGUGUGCUCGCCAAGGAGUACGACGACUGGAUGAAACUUGAGCGGCUUCUGCGCUGGAACAUUCAGCACGUGUGGUCGGCGCAGUUUGAGACAACUGCGAGCAACUGGCAACUCGACGCGUUCACGUCGUCCAAGUGGCAGCGCUGUCGUCUCCUCCCCGACGUUGCGCGCAGCGAGCCGUACACGAAACAGCAGUCGCGCGCCAACGCGUCGACGACCGACGCCUUUCUGGCGCAAGAGAGCGGAGCCGAAUCGGGCGCGACGUCGCCGUACCUCGACGACUUGGAGAUUGAGGAAGAGUACAACAACGACACGGAAGACGACGAGUCUCAUACUGUGAACCACCUUCUCGGACACCAAGACGACGACAGCGCGAUCGAAGUCCAGAUCGCCGCCGCCAUUGACGAAGCGACAGCGGCACUCGAGCGCGCGCGGUCAGCGUCCAUCCUGGGUGUCGACGGACCACCGUUGCCGACACCGGCAGUGCCUGUGGACGACGCGCCGACGGCGCCGGCCGAGACGUCGUCCGAGACGAAGCGCGCGUCCAUGUCAUCGCGCUUCAUGACAGGGUUUGGUCGAUUCCGCAAACCGUCGUCCAUGUCGUCGGACCACAACGACCCGACUGAGGCGACGACGACACCGCCGCCACCACCGACAAGUGCAACGUCUCUGUCGCCCAAGGCGGCCGACAAGAAGAAGGUCGCGGUAAACGCGAGCUUCCGCACGACUGCGUAUUUGCUCUUGCCCGAGGGCCGCGUCGUGUACGGCAUGUUCCGCCUUGGCCAGGCGAGCAUCGUCUUUGAGGGCGAAAAGGUUGUCGACGAAGACAAUAUCGACGCCAAGACGGGUCUCGUGCUUCUCAAGCGACGCAUCUUUAGCGUCCGUGUCGUCAAAGCCGUGUACCGGCGCCGGUUCCGCCUCGACAUGGGUUGCGGCAUGGAGAUUUACUUUGUCGACGGCACAUCGCUCUUGCUGGGGUUUGACUCGGACCAAGACGUGGACAUCGUCUACUCGGUGCUGCGCCAGCGCAAACCGCCGUGCCUCGUGACGACCAAGCGCCUCUUGACCGGCGAUCGCCUCGUUGCGCACUCGACGUGGCACGCGACGACACAGUGGGUUCGCCGAGAGAUCUCCAACUUUGAGUACAUCAUGUUGCUCAACGUGGCGGCGGGGCGCUCGUACAACGACAUUGCGCAGUACCCAGUGUUUCCGUGGGUCCUCGCCGACUAUGCGUCCGAGACGCUCGACUUUGAGGACCCGAGCAUCUUUCGCGACUUUGCCAAGCCCAUUGGCGGCCAAACAACCGAAGCCCUCGAGAGUGCGGGCGCGCGCUUUGCGUCGUCCGGUGCGUUCCCAUACCAUUUUGGCAGUCCGUACUCGAGCCAGGAUGGUGUGCUCGGCGCCCUCGUGCGUAUGCAACCGUUUACGCUAGCGUUUGACGCGCUCCGAAAGCCCGCAUCGUACGCCUUGACGUCGAUCCCGGCGCUAUAUGCGCAGUGCACGUCGUCGACGAAUGAGCGCGGGUGGGAGCUCACGCCCGAGUUUUAUAUGUCGCCGCACUUUCUCAUGGGCAGCGUGCGAUUCGAGGCCGUGGUCUUGCCGCCGUGGGCCCACGGAUCUGUCGACGCGUUCAUUCGCACCCAAGUCGAGGCGCUCGAGAGCGACUACGUCUCGUGCCACCUGCACUUGUGGAUCGACUUGAUUUUCGGCGUCAACCAGCGCGGCCCCGACGCGGUCGCCCACGGCAACGUCUUCCACCCCGAGUGCUAUCCGGACAACUUGAAACUCAAGCUUCUCGACAAGUGCGCGCGCGACCGCAUCGCGCAGCGUGGUACGGUGCCAUCGCAGCUCUUCCACAAGGCGCACCCGACGCGUCUCUCGGUCGACGACGCGCUCGAGAAGCGGUACCCUGCGUCGCACGCCCUCGCGAGCCUCUCGUCGCGCAGCCAAGUGCGUCGGUACGAUGUUCCGUCGCGCCACGAGAUGGCGCUCUCCAGCGUCCGCUUUUCGACCGCGACGGCCACGGGCCACGGCAUGGGCGUCGUAAAGAACGUUGCGGCCAAGGUCAAGGCCUCGGACGAUGCACCCGCGGGGUCGGUCGUUUACACGACGGACGAGAGCGGCCUCGUGCUCGCCAAGCGGUACCAGAACGCGACGCCCGACUCGGCCAAAGGCGCGCCGUUCACGCUCCAGGAAGUCGAGCAGUGGUGGCGGCUCCCGGCCAUGUGCUCGAUCGACGAUGGUCUCGUCUUUUACGAGCACAUGGUGAGCUGCGGCUACUUUGACGGCAGCUGGCGCAUCCACUGGUCGGCCGAUGGCGAGCUGCUCCAGCGCAUUGCGUUCCACAAGCAGCGUAUCUUGUGCAUGGCGCGCAGCGAAGACGAUGUCACGGGCGACGUCGCACUCGCGUUUGGCAGCGAAGACUGCACGAUCUCGGUGUGGGCCAUCUCCAAGUACGCCGCGAGCCGCCCGCGCCGGAUGUUUUCGUCGGGCAGCAAGAAGGAGCUGCCGGUCGGCGCGCUGCCGUGGGUGCUUCUCGUGGGCCACACGCGGCCGGUCGUCAGCGUCGCGCUCAACGUGCACUUGGACAUUGUCGCGAGCACGUGUCGCGGCCACCGCCUUCUUUUGCACUCGCUUCGGACGUCGUGUCCGCUGCACACGAUGGACCUCUCGCUCCCGAGCGUCGUCGACACGAGCAUCUACCUCACGAUUUCGUGCGAAGGCACGAUCUUGUCGCAUGCGGUGCACACGCUCGACGCGUCGGCGUCCGACUGGCGCAACACGGCGACGCAGUCCGAGCUGGCGCUCGUCUCGAUCAACGGCCGCGUCGUCUCGCGCGUGCAGAUGAAAGACAAGGACGAGCCGCUCGCGUUGCUCCAGCGCGGCGUCGUCUUUACGAGCGACGGGCAGUUUGUGAUUACGGCCAGCGCCGGGCGCGACGGUGGCCUUGACGUGCGCCCGAUCGGUGACCUCACGUCGGUGAUUCGCCGCAUCGAGACGAAGCGAUCGUGCGCGCUCACGUGCUUUGGGCUCUCGCAAGACGAGCGCUGCGUCGUCGCGGGCUACGAAGACGGAUCUCUCGUCAUGUAUGCGCUUCAUUACGGCAUCCGCGACGCGGGGCGCGUUCUCAGCGACAAGAAGGCGCGCGCCGAAGAGGCUGCGGCGUUUGCGCGUGCGACGGCGUCCGUUGUCAACGACAUCAAGGAGGCGACGACUGUCUUCCUUCCCAAGGGCAAGUACUCGUCGGCGCUGGAUCCUGUUGUGCUUGCAAACAUGAACAAGCUCUUCCUUCUCUCGAAGCGGCCGUGCGUCGGCGGCAACAGUGACUACGAGGAGCUACUCUGCACCUUCUGGGGCAUCAUCUACUCGUCGACGGACGCGCUCUUUGACCCGGCGUUUGAGCGCAGUGGCGACUCGUGGAGCCGCCUCGGCUUCCAGCGGCCCGACCCAACGACCGACUUCCGCUCGGGCGGUCUUUUGAGUCUCAAUUGCUUCAUCUACUUUGCGACCACGUCGAUCGAUGAGGUGAAGCGCAUGACGAGCUCGCAGAUCCCGGGCUCGCACGAGCACACGUACCCGUGGGGGCCCGUCGGCAUCAACAUCACAUGCUUGCUCGCGCGUCUUCUGUGGCAGAACGACGGCGAGCUCUUCCUCGAGCGGGAAAACAUUUGGCCCAUCUUUGCCAACGCCGAUGCGUUCUACACGCUCUUCGCCGAAGUGUUUUUGCUCUUUGACUGCAUCUGGUGCGGCAUGAACGCCCAGUACAGCUCCUUCUCGGUCGUGAUGGAGUUUACAAUGCAGCAAGUCAACGAAGUGCUCAAGGAAAACCAUGGAUCGCUGAGCAACCUUCAGUGGAACAUCCAGAUGCGCCGCGGCCAGUUCCAACAGAGUUUCACGCCGGACCCGAUCGUCGCGCAAGUGACCGAGACGGCGCCAACGUCGUCGAUGUCGUCGUCGGCGAUUCCCGACAGCUUUAACCUACUGGACCUCGCGUCGCCACCGCGCAUCGCGGCUACGACGGACCCCUUUGACGUGUUUGACCCGUUCGCGGCCAACACGCUUAUCAACGUCUCGUCGACGCACUCGGUCGACAUGUCGACGAUGCCCACCAACUUCAACUCGAACGGGUCGGGGCACUACGACCCGUUCGCGGGCCUCGACUAG